AUGGCUGAAGGUUUAGUCAUUCUUUUCUGGCUAGGGAUAUUUUGGAGCAGCUUAAACGCGACACAAGGUUCACCCAAGGGAUAUCCAACAGCUGAACCAGCAACUGAUCAAACAACUGAUCCCACAACUGAUCUAACAACUGCUCGAACCACUGAACCAACUACAUAUCCAACACCUGAAACAACAACUGAACCAACCAUUGAUCCAACAACUGAUUUAACCACACAUCCAACAACUGACCCCACAACUAAACCAACAAGUGAUUCAACCACUGACCUAACCACUGAUCCAACCACAGAUCCAACAACUCAUCCAACCACUGAACCAACAACUGAGCUAACCACUGAUCCAACCAAAGAUCCAACAACUGUUCCAACCACUGAUCCAACAUCUGAUCCAACCACUGAUACAACAACUGAUCCAACAACUGAUACAACAACUGAUCCAACCACUGAUCCAACAACUGAUCCAACCACUGACCCNCAACCACUGAUCCAACAACUCCCAGAUUCGACAACUAAUCCAACCACUGAUCCAAUCACUGACCCUACCACUGAUCCAACCACAGAUGUUGCAUCUCAUCCGCCAACUCAGCCAACGACGGAUCCGCCUACUGAGGUAUCAACUCUGCCACCAAGUGAGACUACAACGGAUCCAUCGACCGUGAUUGUCGAUGCGAGUGUCACAUUUAUAAACCUCAUAUUCAUUGAGGCUUAUGAAGACACCAGUAGCCGUGAAUUUGGGGAGCUGAAGAACAGAGUAGAAGGGGCACUGACAGCUCUAUUUCAGGGCUAUCCUAAUUUCCUUUACGUUGUUGUAAUCAGUUUUAGUACCGGUAGUGUCAUUGCCAAUUAUUCAGUUGCCUUUAGCGAUGCUGCUUCCCCUAAUGAAGCAGAACUAAAAUCCCGUUUGGAGUCCGUCAAUGGGACAGAAAUGUUUGAUGGACUUAUUGUUAAAAACGUUAUAUUUUCGCAAUCGAGUGUGAAACAGGAAGAGGAAGAAGAUAGCAGUGAUUCACUGCCUGGAUGGGCCGUUGCACUGAUAGUUCUCGCCUGCCUGGCUUUAAUAGUUCUGAUUAUUGUCUUGACUUUCAUACUGAUGAGGAGAAGGAAGCGAGGUAGGGAAACGACAAGGGUUCUACACAACUCCAUUUACAUCGAUACACUGCGACAAAAAGAAAGGCGCAAAGAAGGAGAUGGAGAAUCAGCGACAGAAACGAAUGCUUAUGAAGAACUAAUUGCUGCACCAAAAGAAAAAGAUGUAGAAAGUGGCGAUGCGGUCGGCCAAGAACUGCACACAACCCAAAAGGAAGAAGACUAUCAGGAGGUUGUGGUUGUAGAAACAUAUUACGACAACCCAGGAGAGGGGACGCCCUCACGUUCCCAUGGCAACGAUGACUAA